UUCAAGAAGCCUUUAAAUACCGGAUACUUAAAUUAUAUUCAAGAAGUUUAUAUUUUGACGGCAACGUGUUGACAUCUAAAUAACGCGAUACACAGAGAGUAAAAAAUCGUCAGAGAGUGAGAAUUUUUUAUUUAACUAAACAAAAAGAAAUAUAAUAAGUAGUCAAUAUGCCGCCACGUUCGACUACAGUUUCUAAUAACGAUGAGCACUUGGAGGCCACCGCCACCACUGAAUUGGGUGCCUCCAAACAAACUGGUGUACUUUUCGAAGCUGAUGCCGAUACCGUUGAUGGUGCUUUGGCCGUCGAUAUUACCCAAUUCAAGAAGGCCGAAAAGCGCAAAUUGAAAUUGGUUUGGCGUAACAUUAUUUUGUUUGGCUAUUUGCAUUUGGCCGCCUUGUAUGGUGGUUAUUUAUUCUUCGCCAAAGCCAAGUGGGCCACAGUAUUCUUCUCCAUUUUCUUGUAUUCCAUUGGUGUUUUGGGUAUUACAGCCGGUGCUCAUCGUUUGUGGGCCCAUCGUUCCUACAAAGCUAAAUGGCCUUUGCGUUUGAUUUUGAUUGUCUUUAAUACUGUAGCCUUCCAAGAUGCCGCCUUCCAUUGGGCUCGUGAUCAUCGUGUCCAUCACAAGUUUUCUGAAACCGAUGCUGAUCCCCAUAAUGCGACCCGUGGUUUCUUCUUCUCCCAUGUCGGCUGGUUGUUGUGCAAGAAACAUCCCGAUGUUGUUGCCAAGGGCAAGAGUCUUGAUUUAUCCGAUUUGAGAGCCGAUCCCAUCCUAAUGUUCCAAAAGAAACAUUACAUGACUUUGAUGCCUUUGGCCUGUUUCAUUUUGCCCACUGUUAUUCCCAUGUAUUUUUGGAAUGAAUCAUUCCUUAACGCUUGGUUUGUAGCCACCAUGUUCCGUUGGUGCUUCUUGCUUAAUGUCACCUGGUGUGUAAACAGUGCUGCUCACAAAUUCGGUGGCCGUCCCUAUGACAAAAACAUUAAUCCAUCACAAAAUGCUGCCGUUGCUGCUUUUGCCUUCGGAGAGGGCUGGCACAACUAUCACCAUGUCUUCCCAUGGGAUUACAAGACCGCCGAAUGGGGCAACUACUCCAUGAACUUGACCACCGCUUUCAUUGAUUUCUUUGCCAAGAUCGGCUGGGCUUAUGAUUUGAAAUCCGUUGCUCCCGAAACCAUUGAAAAGCGUGUGAAACGUACCGGUGAUGGCACCCAUGAACUUUGGGGUUAUGGCGAUAAGGACAUUACACCCGAAGACAAAGAAUCCAUCAUUACACUUAACAAAAAAACUGAAUAAUUUGUAAAUGUAAAACAAGAAGGGUUUUUGAAAACUUAAAUCCGGAAUAAUCAAUAA